AUGAGACAAUUAACAGAGGAAGAAACCAAAGUGGUAUUUGAGAAACUAGCGGGAUAUAUUGGGAGGAAUAUAGUGUAUUUGGUGGACAACCAAGAUCAACCUCAUGUAUUCAGAUUACAAAAGGACAGAGUGUAUUAUGUACCAGAACAUAUUGCUAAGCUUGCUACUUCAGUAGCCAGACCAAACUUGAUGUCAUUAGGUCUAUGUAUGGGUAAGUUCACGAAGACAGGGAAAUUCAGAUUACACAUUACAUCUUUGUCGGUGCUUGCUCAAUAUGCCAAGUACAAAGUGUGGAUCAAACCUAAUGGUGAGAUGCCAUUCCUUUAUGGUAAUCAUGUGUUGAAAGCACAUGUUGGGAAAAUGUCUGAUGAUAUUCCUGAACAUGCUGGUGUUAUUGUAUUUUCGAUGCACGAUGUUCCUCUAGGAUUCGGUGUAAGUGCAAAGAGUACGUCUGAAGCCAGAGAUUUACAACCUACAAGUAUUGUUGCCUUCAGACAAGCUGAUAUUGGUGAAUACUUGAGAGACGAAGAUACUUUGUUCACUUAG